AUGGAAGGUAAUCAUAAGGCCAAGGAUGACAAGGAAGGCAGCGGAGGCGGGAUGACUCGAUACCGAGGCGUACGUGGUCGACCUUGGGGGACGUUUGGGGCUGAGAUACGCGACCCCAACCAGCAAGGAGCUCGUGUUUGGCUGGGGACAUUUAACACCGCCGAGGAGGCUGCUCGAGCUUAUGAUAGAGCUGCUUAUGCCAUGAGAGGUCAAUUUGCAAUUCUUAAUUUCCCGCACGAGUAUCCAAUGGGUAGCGGCGGUGGCGCUGCUGCUAAUGCUACCACUUCGGCCGGUUCCUCCUCUUCAGCAAUGGAAAGAGGCAAACAGGUGUUGGAAGUAGAGUAUUUGGAUGAUAAAUUGCUUGAAGAACUUCUUGAAAUUGAAGAGAAAAAGAAGAAGAAAAUGUGA